AUGCUGAGCCCGAGGCCCCGCAGCUCCAGCGACGACCCUGCGCCCUGCUGGUCACCGCAGCCACCAGCAUCCAGCCCUGCCAAGCGCCGCCGCCUUCACCAGGAGCCCGCGCGCCCUGAGCCCAUGGCUCAGCCCGAGCUGGAAGCGCCCGCCGAGCCAGACAGCAGCGAGCUCACCUCCGUGGUGAUCCUGGCCGCCGGCUGCGCCCUGCAGCUGCCCCUGGAUGGCGUCGACCUGUUGCUGGAGCCAGAGCCCACCUCGGCCCUGCAAGUGUCCCUCCAAGGACACACCAUUCUCCUGGUCCCCGAGGGACUCCUAACCGCACCCCAGGCAGGACAGCCUGGAUUUGUGGCCAUCAGUCCGCAGGGAGCCACUCUCCAGGACAUGCCCCAGGACCACAUCCUCCUCAGCCUGCAGCAGGAAACCUGUGAGUACUUCUACCAAGAGGAUGUCUGUGAUGAGGAUGCCGACUUGGACUUCCUGGCGUCCUGGGCUAGACCUCCAGAUGGGAGCCUUUCGUCCAUCACAGGGGUGCCCAGUCCUUGGUCUCAGGACCAUGUCCCAGAGUCCUCCACUGGAGCAGAGCGAUAUUCUCCGAGGUACAUCUGGGAACUGGACAGCUACCUGGUGGGACCCUGCCCUGACUCACCACUGCAGCCUCUGCCUCCAUCUCCUUCCCCGAGUCCCCAACAGCAGCGUCUGCCAAGCCCUCCAUGCUCUCCCCGGGUCCCUUGCAAGGCCCGGAAGAGACUCUUCUGUGAUGAACUGCACUGCAUAAAUCCUUAA